GCGCCAGCGCCGUUGCGACACAGUAGCGUGACAAGUCAUGUCAUUUCUGCCCAUGAUAUAUGAAAAAAUCCAAUGGCAGAUUCUUUUUUCGGGUUCGAUACUUCGGUAUCGAACUUAAAUGAUGACGAAGGUGGCGGAGAGCCAUCAGAGGAAGAGUAUGACGCUCUCAACAACGAGACCUUUGGUCAAGACUCGGAAGAAUUUGAUUGGGAAGUUGAACAUGAGCAUUUGGCGGAGCAACUUGAGAGUAGUCGCCGGAAUGCAGCUCUCGAUGAGGCGGAUUCUCGACUGGAAGCGUCCUUGUCUCAGCUAGUGUUGGAUGAAACGGAUGCGCCUCAGACUCGAAGCCUCGGCUCCAGUGUGUGGCGACAUGACCUUUCUUUCCCUGCGCCAACGCCGGGGCCUGCUCUUAAAAAUGUGUGCACGGUCGAGGAGUUGGAGCGACAGCUGCGCCAAAAUCAAGCGCCGCAAAACUACUCACAGAACUAUUUCCAGCCAAGAUUUCCACCGGUCAUCCUUCAAAGGCCGCCAGGACUUCAAGCACCUGUACCUCUACCAUUUGCCCCACAGCAAUCAAUGGCUCAUAAUAUGAACCAAAUGAACCAACCAUUGAAUAAGAUAAUCGGGCAUAAUUCUCAAAUUAAUCAAAAUCAAAUGAUGAAUCACAUGACUCCAAACAUGAAUCAAAUGGGACAAAAUGUUAACCAAAUGGGACAAAAUGUUAACCAAAUGGGACAAAACGUUAACCAAAUGGGACAAAAUAUGAAUCAAAUAGGGCACAAUGUUAACCAGCUUGGUCAAAGCAUGAAUCCUCUUGGACAAAAUAUGAACCAAAUGGGACACAGUGUCAACCAAUUCAUGCAAAAUUCAAAUCAAAUAAAUCAGUUUCAAAAUAAUCAAAUGGGACAAGGUAUGAUGAAUCAGAUGCAAAACAUGAAUGUCCAUCACCAAAACAAUCAAAUGAUGCCCAAUCAGAUGGCACCAGGUAUGAACCAGAUAGGUCAAAAUAUGAACCAAAUGGUGCAAAAUGUGAACCAGAUGCCCCCUAAUAUGAAUCAGAUGGGGCAAAAUAUGAAUCAAAUGGGUCAAAAUAUGAAUCAAAUGGGCCAAAAUAUGAAUAAAAUGGGACAAAACAACCAAAUGGGGCAAAAUAUGAAUCAAAUGGGACAAAAUCAGAUGAUGCCAAACGGUAAUCAAUUUAAUAUGAAUCAAUUUCCGCAUAUGAUGGGGCAACCCAGGAUGAUGGCGCCGCCCCCUGGUAUAGGCAUGCCUAGGCAAAAUUUUAGCCCCAGUAUGAAUCAAUUCAAUCCGACAUUUCGUGGACCAUCAAUUCCAAAAAACGACCAGCCAAUAUCACAAUCCAAUAUGAUCAUGAACCAGAUGAAUAAACCCCAACAAUUGAACCAAACGAUCAAAUCCACUCAAAUAUCACAAUCACCGCAGAACAAAAUUCAGAAGUCGGUUCAAAAUGUCCCGAAUAUGGUUCAAAAUCAACCGAAGUUGAAAACUCGUGUGUAUAACAACUCCAAAAACUUGACGUCACAAAAUAUGGUUCAAAUAAUACAGAAUACACAUCCGAUGCUUCAAUUCAACAAUAGUUAUCAUAAUGCGAGCCAUCACCCAAUGUUGAAUAACCGGAACCUGUUCAACAAUCAAGUCAUGAACAACCAUAAUAUGAUGUUCAAUCGACAGAAUGGCACUUUUAAUAAUGCUAAUAGACAUUCAAAUAGCGAUGAUAGUGCUAGUGACACGGAUGAGUAUGCCGGUCUCAUGACGCAAAGGGAGAAACAAUGGCUCAUAAAUAUACAAAUGCUGCAAUUGAACACAGGAACCCCCUAUAUACACGAUUUUUAUUAUACGGUAUUUCUAGAGAGGCAAGCUAACAAAGAAAAGGAAGGUAUAAAGGAAGCUCACAAGGCCAAUCAGCAGAAUCAUCCAUUCUAUAGUGGAGCGGUGAAGCAGGAGAGCGAGACGCACCGCCCGCGCGAGCGCCACAACUCGCACCGACACAACUCCACGAGCGACGACGCUCCGCGCGCAUACGUGCCCACGCAGUUCGAGAACUCGCUCGGGAAGCUGCAGUGUGGUAGCGUGACGGCGCCUAGGAAGAUAAUCGACGUGGAAGUGGUCGCGGAACCGGCUUCCGGGAGACAAUCCCGGGCUCCGAGUGUAGCCAGCACCACAAAUCCCGCUGAGGUGCCACGCGAAGUCCGUAGAACGAAGCAACUCUUACUGGAUAUAGAAGCGUUAUAUCUCAUACUGCUAAGACUUGAAGAGCUGAACGACCCACUGGCUAUUUCGAAUGCGCUUAUAUUGAAAGAAAGAGAAGAAAAACAGAAGCAGUUAGAACUGGCUCAGAAGGAAGCGGAGAUUGAACAGGAAGAAGAUUCUAAUCUAUUCCUGAAGAAUAUAGAAUCUGUUCAGAGGAGACCCAAACAAGAGAGCCCCAAAAAUGAAUGUAUAGACAAGAGACAGGUAGUUAAUUUGGCGUUAUGUCAGAAACCAGCACCGAUCAAGAAUCUCCUAGACGAAGACAAGGAUGAACUUCUGAACAAGAUGUUCUCGGGACUUUUGCACAGUGACCGAUUGCCGCAGAUGUUGACUGUCAGGAAAGGCAGGUCGCUGGUGGUGCGCUUCCUGCGGCGCGCGCCGGUGCCGCACGCGCGGCUGCGCCAGCUGUGGGCGCGCGUGCUGCGGGCGCUGCCGCACGCCGCGCGCCGCGACGACGGCGGGCUGGCCGCGCUCGCCUACCACUACCGCCGUUACAUUCAGAGUACGUCAGGAUGGUCUGCGGUUAUAGAAUCCUGCAGCUUCCUCUCCGAGGCCUUGGAUCCAGCGAGAACCCCUCAUGUGUUGACUACUUCUCUAACUCUAAGCUGCGUCUGCGCAUUGAUGGAGCGAGCCAUUGUCCUCGUGAACACGCCCGAAGCGACCGCCAACGAGCGACAGUGGUACAAAUUCCUCAAGACUUUAGCGAGAGCGCUAAAGAAUACGACCCUGAUCGUAGCGAAAUCCUUCCACCCCCUCCCCGAAGCGAAGGUCAUGCACCACAUCAAGCAGCUGGAAUCCAGGUCGACAAUAGAGAUCUUACAGCGAGGUAAGGCUGCCGACUUUGAUUUGACGAAGACUGACGUGUCCGAGCAAUUGGUCAAACAUUUGUGUUGAUGUUGGCCCAAAUUUUGUUACGAACGUACGGGUUUAGUCGGAUUGGUCGAUUGUUUUUUCAAGAUUAGUUGAAUUUAUUGAUUAGUAGAAUGGUAAUAAAAUGCUUUUGUAUUAAAUUUUUUUAUAUUUUUAUUUAUUCUAUAGAAAAUUACGUGUAGUUUUUAAGUAAAUAGCUUUCUAAAGAUGACGAAUUUCUACGAAUCGAUCCGUCCGACGGCCCGCGUUCACAUCGAGGCCAUGAGAAAAAUAUAAUGCUUCUUACGUUCUAUUAUAGUUCUAUAUUUGUAUAAAUGAAUUAUUAUGCUAUAUUUUUCUUAUGGUCUCUCUUGUAAAAAAUGUAGAUAAUAGUUAUUUACUGACUUGUACUCUAUGUAAUUGAAUUUAAAGUUUAAUAUCGGGUGACCAUGAUUAUGGAAAGAAUUUUUUUUUUUUUUGACGUUGACCACAUUUUCGUUCAACAUUUUUUAAUUUUUUUUUUUUUGGUAUAGUAAUGAGAAAUUCUUACAUAAUUAUUGAAUAACAGGAGAAACUUAAAAAUGUAAAAAAAUUAAAUGUAUUUUUUUUUUUUUAAACAUUAAAUAGGUAAUUUCUGUCGAUUGUAUAUUGAAUGUGUAAUUAUAUUAGGUGUAUGUAUGUUUUAGGAGUCGAAGUUAAGCAAUUUUGUAAAUGUAAUGUAAUUAAACCGAAUGUUUAUAUUUUGGUGAGUUUGUUCAAAAGUUGUAAUUGUUUAUAUUUAAAAAAAAAUUGCUUAUUUUCCGCUCUGUUAUUGAUACGUCAUUCUGAUAUUAGUUUAGCAAAGAAUGGCUAUACUAAAAAGCUUUUAUUAUUUUAAGAUGGUAACACCGUCAAUGUGUUGCCAGGUUUUGAGUCUUCGACAUUAGACUUUUUUUUAGUAGGAAAAUUAAUAAUAUUUUUUGUGUGAAAAUGUACAUUAAUUGGGUUAUAAAGUUAAAUAAAUAUCCCAAUUACACGCUAAUUUUUUUUUUAAAUUAUUAAUAGAAUAUAUUGUAUUGUUUUCGAUGGAACUUUGUGUAGUCUAUACGUCUAUUUGUCGGGGAUUUUUCCCAAUUCGUCAAGUAUUGAUUCUGACGCAAGAAACCCUGGCAACACGGACCAUGAUAAUACUAUAUGAAUUUAUAUUUUAAUCACGCAUCUGUAAAUAUUAAGAAAUAUAACACUAGAAAUGAAGCUUUUUUUUAAAAAAAAAAAGAAAUAUUGCUUAUUUUUAAAAUCGAUAACGGGGUUGCUAGACUAAAUUGAUCCAUUGAAUUUUAUACUAUGGAGAGAAUAUGUUUGUAUUCCAUAAAAAUUCUUGGAUAAAAAAUAUGGGGCUGACUUUUUCGUUUUUUUUUUUAAUAAGUCUGUGAUCGCCCAUUGGUUAAUUUAAAAUUCGUAUUUCGUAGGAAAAAAUCAGCCCUCAACACAAAAUCACAUCUCAAUAUUUGUUUUAUGUUAUGUGACUUUGUAAUUUAUAUAUUAAUAAAACGCAUUGUCUCAUUUAGGUUAUAUCAUUAUAUAAUCUGUGCAACUGUUAGGUGAUUUUCAAACGGAAUACUGCAUUGUCUAUAUAUAAAAUUUAAAUAUAUAUACGUUUAUUUCAUCAUAAAUAUAUAACAUCACAAAGUAAAUAAUUAAUCAUUAAAAAGUUGUUAUAUAUAUUUACAUUAAAACUGGCAACUAAUACUCGUGAAUAGACGAAAGUUUAAAAAAAAAAUAGUAACUGGUUUGAACUGGAUUAAACUUGCUUGGAAGCAGAUAGAGUAGUUAAGCUCAUGUUUGUAUGUCUUUUACACGUUUUUUAUAUUCGAUACCAUUAUUAACCGUAUUUUUUUUUAAUUUAGUUUCAUUAAAUAUAUACAACAGAUUAAAAUUUACGAUUUUAUUACUUACAUGGAUCAACGUUUAAUUCAAUAUUUAAAAAUAUUAUAAAUAAAUGACGUCAUCUUCUUUAUAUGUUUAUAUAUGUAAACUUAUUUUGAAGGACUAUUUUUAAUGCAAUAACAUAAUUCAUUUGGGUAUUGGCGUUUAAUAAACGAAUUAAAUUACGAAUUCAACACUUUCUAUCACCAAGGACCGGACCUUUAUUUCAGACGCGUUAGUAAAUAAUGACAAUUGCGUUUUUAGUAUAUUUAAUUCAUGAAGGCUCGUCCCUACUAUUGUAUAACGCACGAUAGCGAAUCUGAGAUUGACAUAUUCCAUCCGAUUCGCUUUCGAUAGUUCUGUUACGCACUUAACAUAGUUCAUGAUUAACGUAUCGUUAUGUUUUAUACGAAAUUAAUUCGUUUGUCUCUCAUGCCCACUUUUAUUUUACUUCCAAUGUUCCGAUAUAAACUUGAUUUCGUGUUACUACAUCCAAUAACAUAGAUUCAAGAUGUCGACCAACGACAUCGCGUCAAUUAAAUGUCAAAGUUUUUUUUUCUUUACUCCUUUGGCUGGAAAAGGUGUAGCAGAUCAGUUCAUACUACAUUUAAAUUUUUUUAUAUAAUUUUUAUUGAUAUGCCUCAAUGGGAUAAUGACAUAAAUUGCUCGUCGUUUUCUUUUAUCGAUAUUAAUAACUAACGUCAAAUGGCAGAUAUGUUCCGUUAAAUGCACUCACUAAUAUAUUUAGACGGGAAUAAAAACUAAUUGAAACGUAUAAAUUUAUAUUAAACAUAAGUAAAUAGUUUAUGUACAUGGAAAUUAUUACAUACAUAUUUUUAUAUAGAAAUGCCGAAUACCGUUUGUUUUUUUUUUUUCGUUUGUAAUUCCCGUCAUAAACGAAUCUUUGAUUAUAUUAUUGCAAUUUAGUGUCAAAAGAUUUUUGCGCGCCAAAAUGUAUGUCAAAAUGACAUUGACAUCUUUGCAAAGUCGAAUUUGCGCGCGAAAAUUUUAAAUGUUAUAAAAUUGACUGCCGAUACAGUUAGAGGCCAACAAACUUAUCUGAAUCGAAUUUAGUGUUGCUGUUAAAACGAUAGGACAGGGACACAAAAUCUUAGUUCCCAAGGUUGGUGGCGCAAUGGCUAUGUAAGCGAUGAUUGACAUUUCUUACAAUACCAAUGUCUAAGGGUGUUGGUGACCACUUACCACCAGGUGGCCCAUAUGCUCGCCCACCUUUCUAUACUAUAAAAAAAAAAGAUUUUGUAAUAUAAUAGUUGAAAAAUAUACCAAUGUAAUUGCGAUUAUUUCUAGAAUGUAUAAGUUAAAUAGUUAUACUAUAACGGGUUUUAUAGUUAACAAAAUAAUGGAAAAUUGAAAAAGGUAAUGAAUAAAAUGUGUAAGUAAACAACACGUGUUAGAAUUAAAGCUUUAAAUAAAAUAGAAUAUGAGAGAUGUAGUGUGUGAGAAAAAGAGGGAGAAAGAGAGAGAGAGAGAGAGAGCAUUUUAAAAGAAAUACAAUAUCUGCAUAUAUUCUGUUUAUUCAAGAUUUACAAUGUCAUUAGUUGGUGCUUCAAUUGCUUAUAUAUAUACAUCUCUUUCUCUCUACGGCAUAUCUAUCUUGUAUCUCACGUAACGAUGUGCUCAAACAUGACGUGUCUUAAAAAAUCCUCUCUCAAUUAUCGUCCACCGAUUUUCAAAUCGGCGGUUAAGUUUCACUUUAUACAAAUUUGCUAAUUAACGAGUAUUUGAAGGCAAAUGUCAGACGAUGUGACGUUUCAAGAUGGCGUCGUUAAGGCUACUUUCGUUACAGAUAAGUUUGUCAUUGUAAAUUGUUAGUUAUACGAUACUCUGUUAUCACAUUUAUUUUUUAAACGACCGUCUUUCUUUUAAACGCUGGUGGAGUUAAUUUUUUUACUAUCUGUUGGUAGUUUUUAGUUUUUUUUUUAUCAGUAAAAUAAUUAAAAUGCAAUUUGUUUAUA